GCGCUCUAGUUCUUUUUCUAUCAGCUAAAUGGAAGAAGUGAGAAAUCAGCAGGUGAUAUUGAAGGAUUACGUUAAUGGCUUCCCCAAGGAAUCAGACAUGCUCCUUACAACUUCCUCCACCAUUCUCCUCAAGCUCCCACAAGGCUCCAAUGGCGUUCUUGUCAAGAACCUUUAUCUCUCCUGUGAUCCAUACCUGUGUUGUCUGAUGAGCAAAAGUCAAGUCAGUCACCUUGAAUCCUUCACUCCUGGUUCGCCCAUAGCAGGAUUAGGAGUGGCUAAAGUGGUGGAUUCUGGGCAUUCAAACUUGAAGAAAGGUGACCUAGUUUGGGGAUGGAUUGGAUGGGAAGAAUACACCAUUAUCACUGCUCCUGAUGCCCUAUUCAAGAUUCAACAUACGGAUGUCCCUCUUUCCUAUUAUAUAGGAAUCCUUGGUGUGCAUGGUAUGACUGCGUAUUAUGGUUUCUAUGAGAUUUGUGCUCCAAAGAAAGGAGAGUAUGUCUUUGUUUCAGCUGCUUCGGGGGCAGUCGGUCAGCUUGUCGGGCAGUUUGCGAAGCUGACCGGAUGCUAUGUUGUUGGGACUGCUGGAACUAAUGAAAAGGUUGAGCUAUUGAAGAAUAAAUUUGGAUAUGAUGAGGCUUUUAACUACAAGGAAGAGCAAGAUCUUGAUGAAGCUCUUAAAAGAUACUUUCCAGAAGGAAUUGAUAUAUAUUUUGAGAAUGUUGGUGGAAAGAUGUUGGAGGCAGUGCUUUUAAACAUGAAAACAAAUGGACGCAUUUCGGUUUGUGGAAUGAUCUCACAAUACAACCUCAAUGAAGAGGAGGGUAUGAGGAAUUUAUCACACAUAAUAAUGAAACGACUUCACAUGAAAGGAUUUAUUGUAGGUGAUCAUAUUAACUUGUAUCCAAAGUACAUGGAAAUGGUUAUACCAUUGAUAAAAGAAGGGAAGAUAUGUUACAUUGAAGAUAUUGCAGAAGGGCUUGAGAGUGCACCUGCGGCUUUGUUAGGUCGUCAAGAGAAACUAUUUUCUUUUAAAGAUCAAUACUUGAUGGCACAAACCUCCACCCAACUAUCCGACCCGAUCACCUCUAUUACCUAAUUUACGCUACCCUUCACGUAUCCUAUUGAAUGUCUCAUAUGACUCCUGAAGUCUACUAUUUUUCAUAGAUAGUCAUUGAAUCUGUUUAUAAAUAUUUAUUAUUCUUUUGAGUUUCCAAUAGUCUUCUGAAUCUAUUUUGUGUUAUUGAAUAUUUCGAUCUUGAAUUUGCUAUUUCCAUGACUUUUUGAAAUUGUUGAUAUUAUUGUUCUACUAUAAGCAUAAGAUGUUUUCUUUUGAAAGGGUAUUGGUUUAAAAGUUUCAUCUUUCUCAAAUAUCUAACAUGAUUUUGAAUAGUAAACUAGAUGUAGAGUCUUCGCCGACAACUUAUAAUGUUUUUAGCAAAUUUUUAUGCUAAUUCCAUUCCUUGUUCCUGAAGUAAUUCGAUUUUCAAAAAACUUGGAUUGCCUUGUAUAUCUUUUUAUUGACUUUUUUUGGUUUCAAUGCGGGUUUUGAUGUUUAUAAUAUAGACAUUUUCUAAGUGUUGGCCUCAUUUUGUAUCAUGCUUAGAAAUACUAUCACUGCUUUACUAUGUGUUGCUAUAGUUUACUAUAUGUUGUUAUGGUUUCAGUAAAUUUGGAAUCUGAAUGUUUGAUUUGAUUUUAGGAUUUUGACAAGUGAUCAACCUGAAAACUGCUACUCCAUAUAAGAAUGUGGAUUGCCUAGGGGUUGAUACUUCAUAUAAGAACGUGGAAUUAUAAAGCAAAUGCAUGAUUUCAUUGUGUUAUAUUUGUUUUGUUCAUGUGGAAUGGAUUUUGUAUUUUUUAUGCUAUUAUAUCUUCAAAGUAAAACAGUGGUUUGUUUUAUAAUCUUAGAUAUAUAUGAUGUCAUAGUG